AUGGAAACUUCGCAAGGCCCUCUUCCGAGGAGUGCGGAGGUUGAUGAUGGAGCUUCUAAACCCUCCUCGAGCUCUGGCUCUGCUUCGAGGGUUCGACGGCGCAAUAGGAUGAUAACAUCCUGCCUGGAAUGUCGCCGACGUAAGCUCAAAUGCGAUCGACUCCAUCCAUGUACAAACUGCUCAAAGGGCAAUCGGGAAUGCCUUUUUCUUGCUUCGUCUCUUGACUCUGCAACUAGAUUAAAGCUGGCAGAGCUCAAGGAGCGUAUGGGUACUCUAGAACGCUCCCUCGAAGUGGAGGUAACACAAACCACGCAGCCAGCUGAGGGUGAAAAGCACAUGGACCCGAACGUUUUACCUGCGGAAGAAGAGGAUUUAAUACUGCAGCCGUCAGGGGUAACGAUGAUGGAUGCUAUGUAUGACGAUGAGGCAGACGACGUCAUGGUUGACUUUGGUAUCAAGCUGGGCAAGAUGCGAGUAACAGAGCGGUUGGGCGGUCUUCUACGCCCUCGCUUGGCGGAUGAAAUAGCUUCCAAUCUUAAGUCAGAAAUGCAAGACUUGCCCGGGCAUGAAGUUCCAAAAGAUGAUGGCGAUAGCGAGGUGUUGAAGCUUCUUGAGCUUGCAAACCAAGGAAUUCCACUCCCCUUUUUAGAGCCGGGCCCAUCUUUUAUCGCCCCUCGCUCAGACAUGCUACUUGGACCGAGUUUGCAAGAAUACGCGUUGCUUAAUUUGUUACCAACAAAGGCCGCGGCUGACAAGCUUUUACAGCAAUAUUGGGAAUCUUGUCAUCCAAUUACGAGAAUCAUGCAUCGCCCAACAUUUGAAGCCAGAUAUCAACUUUUGUGGGAUAAUGUUGCUCAAGGGAUCGAACCAGCUCCCUCAAUCCAGGCCAUUGUGUUUGCCACUCUUUUCACAGCGGCCGUCAGCAUGGCACCUUCAGAUACUCUGAAUAUUUUUGGUGUGGACCAGCGAAGCCUUAUUGAAAGUUUUCAAUUGGGGACAGAGUCUGCGCUUGGGAAAGCCCAUUUUUUGCGCUCUACAAAAACCGAGACACUACAAGCAUUUGUUAUGUACCUGCUAUGCUUUCUUGAUAUUCGCACGGCAGAAGUACAGGGUCCCCGUCCGUCAAUUCGCAGUGAAGACUUCACCACCAAAUUUCCCCUGAAUAUAAAUGACGAGGAUCUCGUAGCAGGUAAUAAAGAAGAGUCCCAAGAGUGGACCGAUAUGACUUUCGCUCGCAUACGAUUCGAGUGCCAGGAGAUAUUCAGAGAAGUCCUCAUUGACAGAAGUCGCCUCGAGCAGAAGAAAAUCACUAUAACCGGUGCUCUUGCGAAGAUUGAAUCAUCUCGCAAAGCAAUAUACGAACGAUAUGGUCCUAUUUUCAACAUAACCAAUAUUACCCCUCUUCAGCGUGCUGCAUCAGUUACAUUGUCAUUCAUGUUGCACCGACUACAUAUCAUGUUACUCCAUAAAUUCUACAGAAGUUGGUCGUCACGGAUGCCAGACCGCAUCAUUCAGCUGAUCGUUGACACUGGUACCCAACAGCUAGAGGACGCAAUCGCUCUCGAGACAUCUCCGGAUUUGCGUCCGUGGCAAUGGUAUAGCCGCGCAUAUCACAAUUACCACUCCGCUCUCUUGCUUUUGGUUGAGGUCAGUAGCCAUCCUCUUCGUCGCGAAGCUGAUCGUAUUUGGCGCUGUUUGGAAUAUGUAUACGAAGUGGAGGACUCAUCCCACCUACAAAACCUACCUCGAAGCCAAAUAAUUGAACACCGACGCAGAAACGCCCACCAUAUUUUGCGUCAGUUCCGUGAUCGCAUGAAAGUAUAUCAGACACUGAGGAGAAUCAAAUACACUGCAAACAUUGAUGAGAUAAAGAAAGGACAAACUGAACCUCAUUCUCUUGUUUCGAUUGAUGCUGUUUCAAAAGAACCUGAAUCAAGUGCGGUUUUCAACCUGAAUCCCAUGACAUUACUUCCAGGCAUGAACGUCAUAGAACAGGCCCGCGCCCGCCAAACCCAGUCUCCUCAUAGUCAUCUCCAAAGCCAAGGGAGCGUUCCCAAUAUACCUGUCAUGACCGAAUCUCGAAAUGACUUACAAGGGAAUUUCAACGAAAGUACAACGCAGUUUGGUGCAGGAGACCCUAUUAGAGAAGUUACGCAUGAUAUCCAUGGGCCGAAGUCUACCUGGACAGCGGGUCCCUCCAAUUCCUUCGUACAAACACCGAUGCCUUUGUAUAUGAUGAAUGAAAUUUCUCCUCCUAGUUCUGAGGAUAUGCCGAUGCCAGAGAUUGACUGGUCUGAAUGGGACAAAAUAUUCCCGCCUCACCUGAAUGACGGAAAUAUUGAUCUUUCACCCCAAAAAUCAAGCACUAUACGGAAUGAAAUGGACCCAAAUACUAUGUAUACAUUUCCAUACCCGCCCUUCAAUACGAAGCUGUUCUGA